AUGCCAUUGCUUGAUGCUUUGCGGUUCGUGGGCUUUCGGCCUGGCUAUUCUUUGCAAAGACGCAGCCACGCCUUUGCAGACCGCGCUUCACGGGACCCGGGUAUGGAUGCCGUGCGUACGCUCGGUGCCCUCGCACGCAUCGUGGCUUACCCAGCUAGCAUUUUCAGUCAGCUGGAGAAGGAGACUCGAGACACACUCAAUCGCUGCUACCGCCAACAAGGCUUCUAUUUGUCCGAAAGCGUGUACCCCUGCGCCAUAUUUGUUUACGGGACCCGCAAACUGCCCAAACGCAGCAAACACCCGUGGGUUUUUGCCGGCGUUCCAAAAGCAUUGCAAGACACAGAGAACAUGCUCAAGCUGCUGCGGGACCACGGUCUUGCCGAGCCGGUCGUUUUGGCUGUAGGAGGCGAGCGCCGUCCGACUCGAUUGAAGCAAAAUCAGAUUUGCAUGUACUACGACACGAUGCAACAGAUUAACGCAGCCGUUGCUGCCCUCAACGGUCUCAUGGUCGGCGGUGUCCGGCUUCAGGCGACGCUUCUCUGGCACCCAGACCCGGCCUGGUCCUGCGCGUAUUCACAGGUGUCGACAACGCAAGCAGUGCCGCUCAGAGACACUACGUUGAAAAUAGAGGCAAGCGAAGAGGCCCAGAAAUGA